AGAACAGCAACACAUCGGUCUGCCUAUAGCCGAGCGAGCCACAGCGCUGUAAAAUAUCGCAACAAAUAGAGAGUUUGGCUGUAAAUAAUAAAGCGAAAGAGCAGAGGAAGCGACGCAUGGUUCUCCUAACCGACGUCGUGGCUUGAGAGGAGGACAGUAUGUUUACAUGAGGGCUCUUGAGACAGAGCUGACCGUUGAAAGAAUCGCAGUGUCGGGUCGCGUUGAUCGGUGAAGACAUUGCCGAAGAUGCUGAAGAGAUUGGCCGCGCCGGCGUCAUGCAGCAGCUGCCUUCUCGCACUCCUCCUCGCCUUCGUCUCGCCCAGGUGUUCGCUGUCUAUCGGUGCCGACAAAACCAUGGUGAACAAGGAGGAUUAUUAUAGCGCCAUAGUCAACGCCACCGUUCUGGACCAUAAAGGCAACCCUCAACAGAUGGUGACGAAGAAUGACGGGCGCUACGGGCAGAAUUCCCCUAAAACAGAGGCGAAGGGGAUCGUGGUCGCACCUGCUGCUGUUAACGGGGCAGUGGAUUUGCAAGGCUGCUGUCCACACACCCGGUUUAUAGUGCCACCGAAGACCACACACUGGGUGGCCAUUAUGCAGAGAGGAAAGUGCACCUUCAAGGAGAAGAUCCUUAAGGCAGCUGCUUUCAAUGCCUCAGCCGUCAUUAUCUACAAUAACAACACCAAAGAGGACACAGUCACGAUGGCUCAUGAAGGCACUGGAGAUAUAGUUGCAGUAAUGAUCACAGAGUCUUUCGGAAAGGAAAUUCUGGGAUUCCUGGAGAAAAACCAGACCGUGCUGGUGUCCGUGAUCGUGGGUUCAAGAGGGAUGCCCAAAAACAUCAACCGCGGCUCCUUGGUGUUCGUCUCCAUCUCCUUUAUCGUCCUGAUGAUUAUCUCCUCUGCUUGGCUCAUUUUCUACUUUAUCCAGAAGAUCAGAGACACCAGCGCACGCGACCGCAGUCAGCGACGGCUGGGAGAUGCUGCCAAGAAGGCCAUUAGCAAGCUGACUACCAGGACAGUAAAACGAGGGGACAAGGAAACAGAGCCAGAUUUUAAUCAUUGUGCGGUGUGUAUUGAAGGUUAUCAGCUAAAUGAUGUGGUCCGCAUCCUCCCUUGCAAGCACGUCUUUCAUAAAAUGUGUGUGGAUCCAUGGCUAAAUGAGCACUGCACCUGUCCAAUGUGUAAACUCAACAUCCUUAAAGCACUGGGGGUUAUGCCCAACCUGCCAUGCGUGGACAACAUGGCGUUCGACAUGGAUCGGAUGUCCCGCAGUCAGACCUCCAGCCAGAGGACAGCACUAGUGGACCUGUCCUCAGAGACCAGCAUCAGUCUGGAGCCUCUGCGCCACUCCAGUUCCUCCCAGCUUCCCUCCGACGAAGAGCUCAUUCCUCGCUCCGGAGAGAUUAACAUCGCUGUCACCACUGGUCAUUUCUUCAACCGUAACUCUGUGUCUCCGCGCAGCGUCGUCUGUGAGAUGGAGCUUCCAGACAUCCAGGCGUCUCUGGACAUGUACGACGACAACAAAUCCUGAGGACACGCACCUCAACACCUUAAGCCCAUUCCUCCAUCAUCCUCUUCCCAAACCCCAGACUUUGGGGAACAACCUUUCUGAGUGUAAAAUGGAGAAUUGACAGUGAACACACACUGACUCUGGCGAAUAAACUCUACCGCUGUAGAACUUUCAUCGCCUCAAGCGGAUGUGACUGGACUAUUGCACAUCAUCAGCCUCCUUUUACACUUGUUUUUCUCUCUUUGAAAGACGUUUUCAAAAGACAUCGGAUGUUGAAAGUACCUCAUAGUUGGUUCUCUCAGUUCUCUACAAAUGUAGUCUCAACCGUCGUCUCAUGUAUGUAAUUUGCGUUCCAAUAUUGUUCCAGAUGGGGAAAACUCUCUGUUGGACGGUCUUAAAAGCUGGAUGGGAAAACUGAGCCUUUAUUGAAGACUGUCUGCUUUGUAUCUCUGCUUUUUGUAGCUCUAAACGGCGUCUCAGAUGCGAACAAACUCGUCCUUCAUGUGCUCAAAAUGCUGCAGCUUCACGAUUAGUGCUGGUCUGAUAGCACUGGAAAACUCCUCGACAAAUCACCGUUACUUCCUCGUAGAAAUAUACAGUAUUUCUCUGUACAUAGAAUGAAAAUGUUUGAAACAUGUAUUUAAAGAAAAUCCUAUGGAAUACCUAUGGCGAAUACUAAUCAGUUCCAAGCAAGGGGACCUAAUAUACAUAAACAUAUAUGAAUAUAUACAGUAUUUGCAUAUAAUAAUUCAUAUAUCUCUCUCUUUCUCAAGUGGCCUCUUAGCACAGUUUGUCUUUCCUGGAUCUUGUCCGUGCACAAGAGUGUCUGUCUGUUUUUCGUUCUCGUUUUUUGGGGGUGGGUGUCGUGACAUUGUGACCAUUACUGGGCUGCUGAUUCUGCAUCGGGUUUGUUUUUUGUCAUAUAGUUGUGUUCAGGACUGGGCAGGAGCUCUGCUCUGAGUAAACUCAGUGAGUAAAGGCUCUGCUUUAUGUGGGUCAUGAUAACGGGCUACCUAUGUUACAUACUGCCUCAGCAUUAAACUUGUCAGAAUUG